GGAAACAUUCGCAGCUCUGAUUCGCGGUUGGAAAAAAAGUUCCUUUUCUUUUUAUUAUUUCCAGACCUGGGUUGAGCCUCUGCUCCGGAACAGCAGAGAGCAGCUGUGCCAGCUUCAGUACUCUCAGAUAACUACAUUAAAAUAGGAAAGAGUGCUGCAGAAGAAGACCAGGAUGGGUAGCGAACCUGGACCGGUCCAAAUAGUGACCGUCAACAAGGAGGAGCACUCCUUUGACCUGGACACGGAAGCGCUUGAACGGAUUCUGUUGGUGCCCAAGAUCCGAGACAUGAAUGUAGUGGUGCUUUCUGUUGCUGGUGCCUUUCGAAAGGGAAAGAGCUUUCUCCUGGACUUCAUGCUUCGGUACAUGUACCGGAAGUCUAGUGACGACUGGCUUGGACGAGAUGAUGAGCCCCUGACAGGAUUCUCUUGGAGAGGUGGUUCAGAGCCUGAGACCACUGGCAUCCAGCUCUGGAGUGAAGUCUUCGUUGUGAGGAAAAGCAAUGGAAAACAGGUGGCAGUGUUGCUUAUGGACACACAAGGAGCAUUUGAUAAUCAGUCCACUGUGAAAGAUUGUGCUACAAUCUUUGCCCUUAGCACCAUGACCAGCUCAAUACAGAUAUAUAACCUGUCACAGAACAUUCAAGAAGAUGACUUACAGCAGCUUCAGCUGUUCACAGAGUAUGGUCGGCUGGCAAUGGAUGAGAUCUUUUUAAAGCCUUUUCAGUCGCUCAUGUUUCUGAUCAGAGACUGGAGCUUUCCCUAUGAAUAUGACUAUGGACUGAAGGGAGGAAGUCAGUUCUUGGAUAAACGGCUUCAAGUGAAGGAUUCUCAACAUGAAGAACUGCAGACAGUGAGACAGCACAUUCAUUCCUGCUUCACCUCCAUCUCCUGCUUCCUAUUACCUCAUCCUGGCCUGAAGGUUGCAACAAACCCUGCCUUCCAGGGACAACUCUGUGAUGUGGCCCCAGAGUUUAAAAAGGAGCUCAGAGACCUGAUUCCUGCUCUUCUGGAUCCUGACAAGCUGGCAGUGAAAGAGAUCAAUGGCAACACUGUGACCUGCAGGGGUCUGCUUGAGUACUUCAAGUCAUACAUCAAAAUAUACCAAGGAGAAGACCUACCACACCCAAAGUCCAUGCUGCUGGCUACAGCAGAAGCUAACAACCUGGCAGCUGUGGCAUCUUCUAAAGACCAGUACUACAAGAACAUGGAGAAGGUCUGUGGUGGAGAAUUGCCCUACGUAGCUCCGGACUCUCUGGAAGAAAAACACAACUUCUACCUGCGUGAGUCUCUACAUCAUUUUACCAGCAUUAAGAAGAUGGGUGGACAGGACUUCUGCAAUCGCUACCAGGCUCAGCUGGAGUCAGAGCUGAAUGAGCUGUGGGUGUCUUUUUCCAAACACAAUGAGUCGAAGAACGUUUUCAGUGCUUUCCGCACACCGGCAGUGCUCUUUGUCCUGGUUUGUCUACUGUACGUGCUCUCAGGACUCUUACUCUUCAUCGGCCUGGACAGUGUUUCUUUUGUUUGUGACUGUAUGCUGGGCUUGGCCAUGAUUGCUAUGCUCACCUGGGCCUUCAUUCGCUACUCUGGCCAGUACCGAGGAGUCGGCACAGCCAUAGACCAAGGUGCAGGAGUGUUACUGGAGCAGGCCACCGGCAUGUUGAACAAGACCAGAGGCCAGGCGAUCACGCAAGACAAGAAAUCAAGAUAGUUUUUCAGACCAAUCAAAGAUUCCAGAAUGAGAUGCAGACUGCACAACUUUUGACACCAAAUAUUGGUAACACACUUCUCCAACAUACCACUUAAACAUGGCUUCUUUUACAACUUACCUAAUUAAAAGGUGCAAUCAGUUUUUUUUUAAGCUAAGCAAACAUGCCAUAUUUGAUAUAAUCAGUCUGAACAGGUUUAAGAUUUGGUUAUUUCUUCAUAAGAAAUUGCAUUGGUUUUGUACAAGUUAGUAGUGCGUUCUCAUAGAGAUGUACUGAUUGCAUCUUUUAAUGACAAAUAAAUAAUAAAAAAUAAAUUAAAAAAUUGUGUUGUCACCGAGCAUCAGCACAAGCACAUACAUAUGUACAUGCUGGCAUAUCAGGCGAGAGUGUGGUUUGCCACGAGGGCUUUUCUCCUUAAAGGAGCUGAAAUGAUUCAUCAUAUUUUCUUAUUUUAACAUUACCAAAGACUUUCCAUGUAGUUCCAUAGCAGUUUAGGUUGUGUUUAGCUUUGUUAUAUUGCACUUACCACAAACAUCGCUACAUUCUGCACAUGAUUAGCCAUGAUUUUAUUAAGAGCUUGAGUUGAUAUAUAUUGUAUAAAAGAAACAACAAAAAGAAAUGUGUAUCCACACUACAAUAUGUGCCAUUUACAGAGCUUUGUUAUACUUGGAACCAGUGUGGAACUCUGUGUACAUUCCAUCAUUCUAUCUGUCUUACACAUUUGUGCUUUGAUUCUGUUAUUUGUUUCCUCUUUUUUGUACGGAGUAUUGUCUUUCACAUUACAUCCAUGUUACUCCAGAAUUAUGUUCCAUGACAAACCCAGCUGCUGGAUUUUGUCGUACCGCUUUGUGUUUUCAGUGUUCUGUAGUGUAGUGAUUGGUUUUAUUGUAGCAUUUAAAAGAAGAUGUUUUUGUUUUAUCUUAAAUAAAUCGCUUUUCUAUGCCAUAUUCUAUGACAUGCUGUUGUUUGGCCAUCACUGAUUGUUUUACAGCAAUAAGGUCAGCCUGGUAUGGUUAGGUCUGGUCUGGCCUCGCCACAUUGCAGUGUGCUGACUCACUCAGGGAUGAACAACAGCGUGUCAUAGAUGUGCUGAAGGGCGAUUUGGUUGGUUAGCCUUUCACUUCAAUACCAAGUCUGUUGAUCUACAUCCUCUUUUCUUACUGGUGGUGUCUAUGGUGGUAAAUAGGUCACAUACUACUGGUUAUUUACCCCCCUAAAGGGUCAUUCCAACAGCUUCCAGGAGCCAUUAAAGCACAUUCGAAAUGCAUUCCAUUUUGCAUUGGCCUUCAAAUUUACACUUGCCCCUUAACUAAGCCUGAGUUCUCUUAAAAAAUAUGUUAAAUAUUAAUUUCACACCCCUUCAGUGACCAAGAGACUGAUCCAAAAAUGGACUGUUUGCUUAAAUGAUGUAAUAAAUAUUUAUUGUGUGACUCAGAAACAGCAGAGUUGCUUUAAACCUUAAAAAGGUACUCGUAAACCAAAUACAAAUGAGGUCAUCGUCGUGGACGAUAAAGAUCUGAUGAGUACUGUGGACCAAAGGCAUGUCAGUCACCUGUUCAUAUCACACACACACACACACACACACACACACAUCUCUGAUGUCUCUCCUGUUUGUUUCUGCACAGAUUUCAUGUGUCUGUUUCUGUCAGUGAAAAAGACCAUACAUAAAACUGCCCUAAUGAUUCCAGUGUCUAAUAAUACACACACACACCUUUAUACAGAAUUUUACUGUUACAUUUCUCUAUGCAUUACAAUAAUAAAACUAUAAGCAUA